UCUGACGAAAAACAUUGUGGCACAAAUGUCUUUCCCGAAGACAUGUUCUAAGAAAAGAUUGAUACAUUUUAGCUGAUAUACAUCAGCUGAUAUAUCCACACACACACACACCGGUUACCGGGCAACUGAUUGGUCAGGAUGACCUGCCACAGACUGACUAGGCCUGCAGUCAGUGUGCAUCCAGAUGCACUGAUUCCAAGCAUCCCUGGUGUGUGAGCUGAGGGGAAAGCCCACACUACCGCACUCACACACAUCCAAACACACGAUGGGGACGGGAGCCUCCAAAGAUACUGCGGCAACUCUCAUGCCAACCCACAAAUCCAAGAAGAAUAGUGACAGCAACCGGGCCUCAAAGUUGCACCCUCCCAAGAAAGGAAACACGGGCACAACUGACACGGUUCGGAUAGGCCUUACCAAACUGGGCUUCUCUCCCGCUGAAGUCACCGUCAGUGAAGGACAGAGUAUCUCAAUCAAUUGGAAUGCAGCCCUGGGCAGCAACGGUCAUAAUGUACGCCAGGUGGUGUUUGAUGGCCAGGCUGUGCACUCUGUACAAGGAGGUUACAACAGUGGUCCUCUAACCCAGGAUGGAAAUUUUGACAUUCAGUUCAAUCUGCAAGGGGAAUUCUCUUUUAAGAGUGACGGCUAUGAGGCAAACAGCAGCAAAGUCCUUCAUGUGACAGUCAAAUCAAGACACUAUGUACUAGCUGAGCUGACAGAGGAGCGAUUUGUGCCGAGCGUGCUGCACGUUGAGCAGGGCAACUGUGUGAAAUGGGUCUGGAACUCAACCCACCAAGCCCACUCCAUGCAAGAAGUCAGGCUCUGCCCCAAACACUAUGGGAUUCUCCAGACAAAUGGAGGAACCUCGGUGCCCAUGCAGUCAGGAUCCUACAAGCAUGAAUUUCAGAAUCCGGGGCUCUUCUACUUCCAGACAGAAGGUCACGAGGAUGGGGAGAUGCAGCUCUGUGUGGUCCAUGUCAAGGCCACUCAGCGUCACCACUGUGUGGAGGUGACGGACAGGAGAUUCCAACCACGGCUGCUCACCAUAACCCAGGGAGAUCGGGUGUGGUGGCUGUGGGACAGAUUCAAGUGCAAAAAGAAGCAUCGAAUUCAACAGAUGGAGGUACCAACUGGUCCCUCCGUCAGUGAUCCAUUCCCAAGACCUGUCAAGGGAGGAUUCAGCAGUGACGCUCCCAGCCGAGCUGGCAUGCUGUCUCACAUCUUCCAAGAGCCUGGUGUGUUCUACUAUUGUGACAAUAACUAUGAUGACAAUCGCGAGUACCUAGGGGUGGUGAUUGUCAAGCCCAGGGCGAAGGAGCACAACGUUGAGGUCACAGCCGAAGGGUUUUACCCAGAUCUGACUGUGGCUGAUGGUGGUGACAGAAUCUGGUGGAACUGGGAAGUGGACAACGUACAAGACAACUUCUCUGUCAUGCAGGUGGAUAGCUGUGUGGCAAGUGACAACAAAACAGUUGCUGAAGUGGAUUGCAACAAUCUCUGCACACACCUCACCCCAAAGGCGGCUACGAUGAUCACCCGCAUAGGGCUGGCAACCGUUCAGCUGAACACGCCGGGUGUGUACCACUAUAGGGUGUCAGACACGCCCAUCACUGUAGGCUGCUGCUCGGUGAUAGUCAACCCAGGCCAGAAGGAUCAUUGCAUCUCAGUCAAGGACACGGGCUUUGAACCCAAAGUGCUGAGGGUGCACCCAGGCGACAGGGUGUGGUGGGCAUGGGAGAACACUAAACAGCAGCAUAACAUCUUCCAGGUAUCCCGGCAUGGCCACCCCACAAAAGAGGGCUUCUGCAGUGGCCAGCCCCAGGACAGCCCGGCUGCUUUCGUUAGGCAGUUUAAUGCUGGUGCUGUGGUUUACUAUCAGAGCGUUGCCUUGCCAAAGUUAUAUGGUGCUGUAGUGGCUGUCUCACAACCCCAGAUCCACCAAGUCCUGGUCUCCAAGAACCACCUACAGCCGGACCCUGUGCUGGCGCAGACGCACGACUGUGUGGCCUGGGUCUGGCCGGUCCUCCGCAAGCACGGCUUGACGCAGCUCACCAACACACAGCAGGUCUUUGAACUUCAGACCUACACGCAGGACGUUGUUACACCAAGGCGUUGUUGUGCACUGAGGUUCUCCAACCCUGGUGUCUACCAUUACUAUAGCAAGGCGUUCUCCAAUAAAACAGAUAAGUUCAUGUAUGAGCACAGCAGUAAGACUGUCCUGAGCAGUGUGGUGGUCAGCAACCCCAGCGGUCCAGUCACCGUCCUGGUGUCCAGUAAAGGCUUCAAGCCUGCAGCCAUCAGUAUAAACAGGGGCCAGGGUGUACUGUGGUCUUGGAAGGGCAGCCAUUCUGAAACCCACAACAUCGUUCACGUCAAUCCCCCAAGCCACGAGCGCCCCUACAGCCCCGUCGCUGGCCCCCUGGCCUUCAGCAGUGGCAACCCCGAGCCCAACAACAGCUUCUUGUUCACCUUUGAGGAGCCGGGGACGUUCUUUGAGACGUCGGAAGGGGCGCCGGGCUGCGUAGGGGUGGUGCAUGUUCUCGAUGACGAAUCACUGUCUGCGAUGCCCAUCAUCACGUCGAGCUCAAACGGCGGCGUCGUUGAACGCCUCCACAACGUCGAGCUUCAGUCCGCCUCGCAGACAGCUACCAUUCUCUACACGCUGGACGGCUCCAUCCCUGAGCUUCAUGGACAAGCUACCAGGGUUUACAAAUCAGAGAAGGGGAUCAGUCUCAGACAGCCAGGUCUUCACAUCAUCAGAGCCCUUGCAAUUGAUAACGGUGCUCUACCUAGUAAAGUCUUUACCUCCAAACGCUUCUGGGUGCUGGAGGGCAAUGUCGGCCACGGUUCUGAAGACGAUGAUGCUGUCUCCAUGGCAACGGAUGACUUAGAAGCCGAAAUGCAAAACAGCGGCCCAGGCCCUACCAACAAGUGGCAGUGGUGGAACUGUGUGCCGUCCAUCAGCGGAUGGCUGCACAGCGGCUCCGAUAACUCCCUUGAAAUCUACUGGGACCUACCCAGCAUUCCCUACAGAGGGCAACUCAAGUCAUACCAGCUGUACGUGAAUGGAAUCUGCUACCACAAUGACCUGCCACCGACCUGCCACAGCAUCACAGUGGAUGGGCUGACGGGGAACCAGACCUACAUCAUAUCAAUCCUCGCACAGCCAAGGGACUCCACACUGCUGCAACAGGAAUCAAACAGACUGAAGGUGACCUGCCCGUCCAUUUAUGAGCUGGGAGGUCCCAUCCUGUCCUGCGAGGUGACGGAUCAGGAGGACACCAUCAACCUCGUCUGGACCUCGCUGGAUUACCUGUACACUGAACCCACCAAGUAUUUGAUAUACGUUGAUGGCAGGGAGACACCUGGUGAGAUCAAGACGAUUGGCGACUGCAAGAAGUGCCAGCUGACCCUUCCCCAGAGAGAAGUGCACCAGGCACCCCUCACUUUGUUCAUCGUGACGCUGCCCGGAGAGAAACAAAACGAAUCAGAUGGUUUCCUGUCCAAUGAGUUGCAGCUCCCACUGCCUCUCUGCCUAGACAAUAUCCACCUUCCCAACGGUGGCAGCCUGGCUGGGAAGCCCUUCCUCAUCAUCAAGGAAGGACGAGGGAAGCCACCAGACGCAAAGGCUGACCUCUUGCCUUCCAUUGAGCGGCGGGAGAGUUUUGACGGGUCAGUGUCUACGUUGACCCGGGGGAACACGCCUCACGAGGAUAUCAAAGACGCUGCUCCCAACAGAUCUAUGGAGUGUGAGGAGACAUUCAACUGUACUGGGACAGAGGUGCAGACAAACGCCCAGCCAGACACCCAGGCGGACAGCGAUCCCCCGCACCAACCAGAGUCAGACAGCGUAAGCAAUGCAUGCAUAGGCCCUAGCAUGGAAGUCAAUCCCUGUGGGACCCAGCACCCUCCACAGAACAGUGGGACAGAUCACGGCAAACCUGACACCUCAGAGAGGGGAGCCUGGGACAAGAAUUCAGCAGCUAAUGAUGCUGCUGGCAUAGUAACUACAUCCAGGGUUCCAGUUUCCACCGAUGAGAAUCACACACACACAGAUACAUAUACCAGCAAAGAUCAGGAUAACUUAGAAACACAAUCUUUACCCCAGCAGGCUAAACAUCAAGUCCCCAUUCCCGAGGCCCCUGAAAUUGUUGAAAAUUCAGAUCAGGUUUCAGACAUCCAGUUUCCAACCCAUGGUGAAAACGAGCAAGUUAGCAUGAAGAGCAAAGCUAGAAUUCAAGAUGAAGCGGUACUUGAUGAUGAAACCGGUGCAGUUUUUGAACCCUCAGUUGAAAACGGGGGGUCAGCACCACUGCCUAACGCUGAUACAGUUUCGGACAUGGCAGAUCAUAUUGGUAGUGAUUCAGAACUCCACUCAGUAGAACCACAGUCCCUCAAAAAGACCCUACCAGCCCAACCCCAAAACGAUUACCAAAGUGACAGAGAUAAUGAUGAUGAUGAUGACAUGCAUGCCACUAGGGCAGCAGAAACUGGUCAGUCCAUGUUGCAUGCCAAUAAUGUGUCGUGUUGUGGUCCAAGUCACGAUGUGUUACAAGUGCAUGAGAAUGGUGCCGUUGGCAGCACGACAAGAGACAAAGCUCGAGCCAGACUGCACGAUCAGGAAGAAGCACCGGUGUUGCAGGCUAGCGUCUGUGCGCACCAGCCUGCAGCCGAGCAGGCAGCGCCCGAAUCGGAGCAUCAAGAGCGAGGCAAGAAGCCAGACUUCAAAGAUCAGACAUGGAGUACCAGUGACAACCUGCAUGAUGGUAGUGGGUCUGUAGCCUUGCAUGGUGACGGCACCAGCGAUGUAGACAAAGAACCUUUGCAUGAUGAAUGUGUUGAUGCUUGUAGUCUUGGUGAGGGUGACCCAAGCAAGGAACCAGUCAAGGCGCAGCACGAGAGAGUUUCCCUGCCUAAGCCUGUCGUGAGCGUCCACAGUCGGCCAACUAACACAGACCUGCACGUCCGCUGGCAGACUGCAUCCUGUCACCCCACUCCCUACGUUCUGCACCACUACAGUGUGUGCGUUGCUGGGAGACAGUUCGAUGGCAGCAUCACCAGCCACUCCAGGCAAGAAAUGUCCACAGACAGUGGGGAAGCCGAGGUACAGCACUGCUGGAAUGCAGGCAGGGGACAAGUCUUUGUAGUCACGGGACUGUCGCAAAACACAGCCUACAGCGUAACUGUAAAUGCGACCUACCACCACAAGGACUCUGCCCACCAGAGCCAUGUCAAGAGGAGCUCCCACCCGAUUGUCUGUACCACGGGCGGUCCGCCCCUGCCCCCACGCCUCUGGGCCAAGGCUGUGGGCCUCCAGGAGGUCACACUGUCCUGGCUUCCUGGCCACUGCCAUGAGGACAUUGAUGUCAUGGGUUACCAGCUGACGCGCAACGGGAAAGUCACAUCAGAGAUCAUACCAUACGGCAAGACGGAGAAGACAAUCAAGAACUUGAAACCUGAUUUCAAGCACUGUUUCAGCCUGUCAAUGGUGACCACCAACGCUGGCCAGACCAAAGCCUCAAACUUUGUGACAGUGACUUGUCCAGAGGUGCCCGAUGCCCCGGCCAUCAGGCAAGAACCAUCCACCGAAGAGAAGUCCGCCGUCAUCGUCUGGCAUCAGCAGAAGAGCAAACAGCUCACCCAUUACCAGGUGUAUGUGGAUGGCAGGCUCCACGGAGAGGUCCAGCCCAAGACAAACAAGAAGCAUGCAUAUCUGAAGUACACGCUUCUCAACCUGAAAGCAAAUGGCCGUCAGUAUAAGGUGGCAGUCAGAGCCCAUGCCGGCUGGAGUUCUCUCAAGGGGGACCAACCAACCGAGGUGACCUGUGGUGUCCUGAGCCCAGAGUCCAACCUGCUCACGGUAGCCUGCUCCAGGGCACUGCCCGUGUCUCUGGACCUGAGGUUGGAGUGCAUUCACUCAGACAGCGUUGACAUAAUGUGGGCCGUACUCGACGAGGACGAGGCAUCUGAAGUCCAGGGAUUCAUUAUCCUAAAGGACGAUCACCCACACAGCGGCAGUAUCCUUCCUCCCAGCAUCACCCACGCUACCCUGUCCAACCUCAAGCCAGGUAGCGCCCUCACAGUCCAGGUCCUAGCAAUCUCCCAGUCUCUGUCUAAUGAUAGUGGAGAGGAGCCAAUAACAGAUGAUGAAAUUGAAGAAGCCCUGAAGAGGUGUCCCCCCAACUUGAUACUACAAAGCCACGUAUUGCAAGUGGAUUACGAUGGUCUGGUGCCGGCCCCGUCCAGGAUCUGGUGCGAGCUGGUCACCAGCCACUCGUUCAUGGUGGUUUGGGAUAAAGGGAAGAAGCAGCGGAGGCAUUGUGCAGCACCUGAAAGCUACACUGUCACAUGGUGGGAGCUGUCCAAGAAAUCAGGAGAGCCUCCUCAGAGCAAAGUGACCUCUGAUGAUCACUUGCUGAUCGAUGGUCUGGACCUGGGCACCAAGUACUGCAUAACCGUUCAGGCUCGAGGAAAGCGCACACAGCCGCACAGAGGCAAAGGCAGACCCGACUCGGCCAGCUAUGAGGUCCCCGUAUUGAGCCAGACAGAGUCCAUCACAGUCACCACAGCCAGUCCCCCUGAGCCGCCCAGCCAGCUGACUGUAGCCUCUGUAGGCUCCAACACCGUGCAGCUGAAAUGGGAGCCACCCACAGAGAAGGGGGCCGAAGUCAUUGGAUUACGAGUUUACGUCACUAUGCAGAGCAACAACUCUGUACAAACUGUACAACACGCUGAUCUGCUACCAGAUGCUACCUCGGCAAUCAUCAAAAACCUGCAGGAAUCCUCAACCUACUCGCUGCACCUCGUCACCAUCACGGACGAAUUUUUUGAUAAGGACAACUCGCCAAGUGAAAGUCCACGAACAAAACUGCGGGGUCUUCCAGAAGACUGGAGUCUCGUGCCCAAGGAUUCAAUAUGGCUGCCUUGUGUCAGCGUGGACACCACCACGACCGGGGUGUCGCCACCAAGCGACUUAAGCUGCACCUUUGAUUGCUCGGAUACGGUCACCCUCAACUGGAGGGCAUCAGCGCAUGAACAGAGAACGUUGAAGAAGUACGAGGUGCAGUGGGCGGAAGUGAAGAGCACCGGGGCUUUGACCUCGAGCAGCGACCCUCACCAAGUCAUUGAGAUUCCAAAUGGUGAGGGCACAACAUCGUGCGAGAUACCAGGCUUAAACAAAGGAGUGAGGUACUGCUUCACAGUCGUAGCAGUCAUCACAGAGCUGGACUCUGGAAAGCAGAACCUCAAGGGCUCAAAGAAGAAAGGGAGAAAGCAAAGCCUGCAGGCAAAAGAGAACCUCAUCAGACUUGCCUCAGAACCAUAUGUCAUCAGAAUACCAGCCCCCUGCAUUGCUCCGUAUGUGCUGGUCACAGGAUUUGGCCUGUCAUGGGUUGAUGUGUAUUGGGAGAAGCCACCGUUGGUGACCGUACUUACAAACCAAGAGAACGAUUCUUGCUCCGGCUGUAUCCAUCGCACCCUCCUAGGCUACUUGCUCAGCAUCAAUGGCACUACUUAUGCCCGCCUGAAGCCCACCACCCAGCAGUAUACCAUCAACUGCUCCCCGGGCAAGACAUACGAGAUUGGCCUGACAGCCAUCACAACCACGGAUAAGAAUGUCAGCAAGAAGCUGAGCAUCGGUGGAAGGGGCCAUAGCUGGCUAGACUCGGCUGAGUUGGAGGGUCUGUGCGACCGGGCCACCUCUGAGCCGCUAACCGUCACUCUGCCAAAACAACAGUCAGGGAAUGUUGUGAAACUCAGCGCCGAAUUUCAUCCUUCGUCUGAAAGACAGAAUGAUGACUCUGAUGAAAACAAUGAUCUUCGGGGUGAUAUUCACUUGGAGUGGGUGUUGCAGGAUUGUGGUACGGCGGAGGAGCAAGGCAUCGUGGGAUAUGACAUCACCUGGCUGAAUGAUGCCGAUGUAGAGGAGCGAGUCGCCACCCUCCCGCAUACUGCCACCAACUACGACAUUCCUGUCUACCACAGCAAGUGCGUGUACACAAUGAGCAUUCACGCCACCCAGUACGACGACAUGUGGCAAGGCGUGCCCACGCCCAGCAUACAGUGCGUCAUACCGGGACCCCCCGACCCACCCAGGCUAUGCUGCACCUCGGUCCUGCAGGAGGAGUUUAUCCUGGAGUGGGGCGAGCCAAGGAUGUACGGAGGGGUUGGCAUCAGGGGGUAUCAGGUUUACAUGAAUGACAAGAAAGUUGGCCAGGAGUUAAGUUCAUCCCACUACAAAGCUGCCAUCCCUUGCCGCCCAAACAGGACCUACCACAUGAGCAUCGUAGCCCUCAGUGCCGACCCCAGCUACCGGGAUUCCGACCUGUCGGAGGAGGUCCGCAUCACCUGCUGGUCUCCUGAGACCCGCCCCACGCAGCCCCCAGCAGCAGCAGGCACCGUACAGAGGGACAGGUAUUCUGGGCAAGGGGACGGCCGCGGCAAGGGACUGCUCUGCCCGGAGGAUAUCUCCAUCGGUGUGCUGGAUCUGACAGAGACCAGCAUCGUGCUGGAGUGGAGACUGCCAUUGAUUGGAUUGGAGAGCCAGGAGCUGGUGGAUCGGAUCAAAGUUAUGUGGAGCAGUGUGGCAAAACCCAAGGAGCUGGAGGUUGUGCUGAAACCUACCGCCACCCAGUACACCGUCAGGGGAUGCAUGCCGGGCACCAAUCACUUUGUGGCCGUGGCGGCGAUGGACAAGGCUGACAGGGUGCUGCACAGGUCGCGACUGGUCACCAUCCAGACGACUGCCCCUCUGUCUGCUCCGCAUCUCAGGAUAAGGUCCUGCACCUACAGCGGCUGCAUCUUGGAGUGGGACAAGCCCACACAGUUUGGCAAUGCCCACUUGGCCGGUUACCAGCUGCGACUGAAUGGCAAAGAUCAUGACAGGCUACCGGCUGGGGCAUCCACGUACCUGUUUACGGCUGGCAAGAUGUGCAAGGAGUACAGGUUCACCAUGCAGGCCUUGUGUACCAUUCCACACCUCCAUAGCCAAGCCUCAGAGCCAGCCUUGGUGACCUGGCCUGGGAUCCUACCUCCUGCCUUACACCGAGCAGCCACGACCAAGCUCAAUGCCAUCAGAGUUUCAUGGCCAGAGCCUAAAGUCACUGGCGGGGCCAAAGUCGAACACUACAAGGUAAUGUGCAUGGAGGAAUCAGGCACGGGCCACAAGGCCCUGCCCCCCAAACAACGCCAGCCCCUCAAGACCCUCGGCCCCCUCCCACUGGACCAGCGCUGGGCUGAAUUCCCCCACCUCUCCCCCCAUGCCGCCUACACCUUCCUGCUGGACACCCAGGUGAGCGGGGUGGGAAAGGCGGUCCGGUCGCGGCCCCUUAACAAGCAGUACGUGGCCCGCCGGCCAGCACCGCCUAAGGUCAGGGUAACGGUGAGAGGUUUGGAAGAGCGACGAGCCCUGGAAAUGGAAGCCUGUCAGCUGGUCAAUAUGAGACACAGGCUUCUCCAAGAAUUGAUCAGCUACCAACAGGGAAGUAACCCCGGCCAGCCACCAGGAGCAGUGGAAAAUGAAGAUUUCUCGGCAGAAAUUUCCGAUGCUUUGUCAGCUCUGGCUGAGAUGGAAGACCAGCUGUUCCAAGUCUUGGAAACGCUUAUCCCCUACACAGGCACCGUGGCUGUGGAUGUGGAGUGGGACCCAGUCCGAGAGAGCAAAGACGUGAAUCUGUCCGGCUUCAAGGUUCUCGUCAACGACAAACAGAGCGGACACCUCCUGCACUCCCACAUGGAUCGUAUCUGUCUGCAGUUGAGCGCGUACGAUGGUCUGCAUAAAAUCAGUAUGGUUGCUGCCACGGACCACCCAGUUGGGAACAGCGAGCCGUCGGAUGUUACCGUCAUAGACACUAGUCCUUUCCUUCCAUUCACGUGUUACUGCUUACACUCAGUACAUCGUAACGACAGCAGGCACCCCCAGGAAGGCUGCUGCAGCUACCAGCAAACCCUGGCCCUGGAGGCCUCGCCCGGCUCCCCCUCCUCCACCCUGGCUGCUCUCCACCAGCAGCUGGACCCUGCCAGCCGGCGUAUCCCGCCGGCCUCGGUCACCGUGCUAGAUGUCUCUGACCAGGCCCCGCACCUGCUGGUGCCCACCAAGCUGACCAACCGCUGCCCGACUAUGCUCCUAUUCUGGACACACUGGUGUCUCGCUUCACAGAAAGUGAUGGAUUACUUUGUGGACUAUGCAAGGAGCAGAGUUGGAAAGGUCAUAUGCCUGACAUGCUGCUGUAGCAGCACGGAGUCCUCAAGUUCCGCCCAUUUGGAGACGCUCGCGCAGCUGAUCAUCAGGCGAGGCUGGAAGGACGACGCUUUGAUCCGUCACAGCUGUAGCUGUGGCACCGGCGACAUAGGCCUGAUGCCUGGCAGUCGGGCCAGCUCAGCCAGCACCGACAGAGGACAUGUUGGAGAGGCCUUGUCCGGUAAUGAGAAGGGAACACUUGGCGUGUCAUCGUCUUCUGUUGUCAGUGUUGCAGAGCUGUUUGGUAUCCUAGCAACGCCAAUGUUAGUCAUUCUCCACCCUGAAGGGUACUUGGCCUGGCAGGGCUGCUUUGCAGCCUGCAACAAGAACGCCUUUGCCACAAUGAUGGACGAAACACUGGACACAGUCGUCAAACCAUCCCGAGUGUCCUCGCCUCGAUCAAACUCACCAAAGCUUCUUUCCCGGUCAACAUCAGUCUCUUCCUGCACAGUCAGCAGCUUACCCCCUCACCAGGCGACCCCCCUCAGGCGGGCCGACUCUAACCCCACCGCAUCAUUGUCUCGCAAUGCCUCCAUCUCCACCAACUCCUCAUCUGCCUUCCUCCCCUCGCAGCUGAAUGGCUCUGCCCCCAGGGCCAAAUCAGCCCGCCGUCGACGCACCACUCCCAGACAGAAGAUGAUCAGCGUGGACCAGCGGCCUUUCUCAGCCACCAAGGAAAACGGGUCAGUGACCGCAAGCGGGAGACCAAAAUCGUCAAUCACGAUUUAGCAACAAAUUUGAAAUCCUGUGAUUUCUUAAUGUAUUAUACCAGAUGAUGCAACUGUACCCAAAUUUUACACAUACCUUGAGAAAUGCCAGAAAUACCUCAUCAGAACAAAAUAGCAAUCUGUACUCCUCAUUCCAAGAAGUAAGGAAUUUUUAAAAAUCUUUUCCAUGCUAAAUCUCAGGCUCUUUUACCCAAGUCCUUGAAACUGCAAUGCCAGGUUUUACAAAGAAUGCAGGGUCCAGCAUCGUUCAAGUAAAUCACAUGGUGUUGCAUGGUGGUAGAUUUCGUAUCAAGGAGGUGCUGUUGAUCGGAUGCGUAGGAUUUAGAAAUGUUUGCGGCAAGAAUUCUUGGGCAUAUGGUCAUUCCCACAGGAAGACUUAGCCCCAGAGAAACCUCCGAGAGUAAAACCUUACACCGCUCAUAAAAACUGCCCAAUUUCCGGUAAAUUCUUGAAGGUGAGAUGCAUGAUUUGCCUUAUUAGCCUAUGCUGCCGUGUUCCCGAGCCUUGAGCCUAAUGACCCAUUCAUUUUCUCCUCGCUUGUGAGAUUAUGAGGCCAUGCCCGAUCAACUCCCUGCAGCCUAGUUCCUACCCAGUGGCUUCCCGUCAGAUGCAGCCUAAUGGUAUGAAAACCAUGCACCCUCAAGACAAUGGCCGUCUUGCCUAUGUCUUUGGUGUUGCUGUCGAGGUUGCUAUCAAUAAGUUGCAGGGUGCUGUAGAUGGGAACAAGUACAUUUACAGUGCUAACCUUCCAGAAUUGUCACUGUAAAUACAAAUGUGAGCACUUUCUCUUGCCAUUGCCGGUUUCUGAACAUAGAAAAAGAUCACCUUGAUGUAAAAAGAAAUGAGUUUUAUUAUCUUGGUAUGAUUUCUGAUAGUAUCGCUCCUGCGAUUUAGAAAGUAUUGUAAUCAUAUGAUUUACUAAGAUCUUUUACAUUUAUAGAAUUGAUUGAAAUGCAUACAUUUACAAAGCUGAUUGAAAUGCAUACAUGUAUCAAAAAUCGUCCGUGCAAAGCUAGCAGAUUUUGAACAAAAAUGUAAAUGCAAGUACUUUAUAAUGAAGUGUGGUUUAAAAGUGUUUCCUUUGUAAAUAGUAAACUGAUGUAUUCUUGAAAAUAUAGGUUUAUGUUUGAGAUGAAUUUUAGACACAGUUUCGUUCAGUAUUAGCAGAUGUGUGCUACCUCCAUUUCUACUGUCACAGCAUUUAUAGCCCAUGACAUUGUGGACUUUGUGGUCAUGACUGUCGUUAGUUGUUACAAACUGUUGGGGUGUAAAGUGAGUAGUGACUUCAGUGGUUGCAAGAGUCCUUGCCCUUGCAGAACCCAUCAGUGUCUCACUUGUGUGUGUUUGCGUAACGAGGUAUAACCGAUUGUGCAGUUUGCUUGGAGAAUGUGUACUUACUUUGUAUCCAAAGUAAUUGAAUAAUGCAAGAGAUAGAUUAAAAUGGGGGGAGGGGCAUAAUAGGACAGAUAGGAGGGACUUUAAUUUCCCUUCCCGCUCCUACUUCCAGGAUACUUUCAGUACAUUCUAAUCUAUUGAAGAUUUAGUCGUCUUGAUUUCCCAAACUUCCUUGCACCCUUAACCCAUGGGAAAAAAAUGAAGCUGUAACACUUUCCGCGGGUUCUGUGGUGUUCAGAAGGCAGAUGCUGCCCGGGGUUUUCAUAGAAAACUGAGUUUCUGAGCGUGAAUGUGUUCAGAAUGCAUUAAAUGGUAAUUAGCUGAAGCAGUGUACGGGGCACAAGCCGCGGUACAUGUGUUGCCCGUAAAGGCCUUACGUUGUUUGCUGUCUGAUACCGACAGUGCGUGACAGCAAUGUAGUUUUGGAGAGGUCCCGACUGACCCGAGUCGUCGGCAUUACUGCUGUGACAUCACUGUCGCGCACGCGCUCUUAGACUCGAGGCACAUGUGCAUUGUAGAACAUCACAGCAUUCUGUUCGUCGAAGAGGCUUGUAACGCGCGUGCACCACCUUUUCACGAGCGUGGUGCUGCCACAGUAAUGGCUCCUAAUUCCGGCUGUCGGAUAAUUGUUUGCUUAUACUUGCCCAGAUGAUAUGUGACAAAGGACGUUCUUUUAUUUGACUCAUUUUUUUUCAGUGCAAAAAAAAUUUAAGUGAUAUCUGACUUCCUCGGCUCAGACAUCAUUCAAUUGAAAAAAAAAAUCCUUUAACGGAAAAGCCAUUUUCAUGACUCUUUCAUUUUAAAACAAAUAUAAUUUUUCUGUGGUGUUGGGUUAAAUUUAAUUACAUCGGUGAUGAUUUGGAGAUUAAUUACUGAAUCCUUGAAAUAUAAACUAAGCCGUUGGUUGCCAAAUUACAGCAUUGGACCGUCUUAUGAAGUUCGACAUUUCUUGCCAGUUGAUCAAAUGAAAGCAAAUGGACCAAUAUAUGUUCGCUGCUGAUACUAAGCAUUCCACAAAAGUGAUUUCAGUGACAGAUUUCAUUUAUGAAUAUAGUUUUAAAGAAAUGGGCCAUUUGUACAUAGCUUUAAGAUUUUUGUUGUUAAGGUUUUUAAGCCCGUGCACACACAGAAAUGACAGCAUCUGUGUACGUUUUAUGACGUUGGUUUUGUGGGCGUACAAGGUUUGAUUAUGUUGUUUGCUCUCGUUUUCAUGAGGCACAUCGUGCAAGCAUUUUGCCGCCUAAUUUGCCAAUAUUUGGCUGUAAUAAGAGAAGUGAAGCAUUACUUGUGGCAUCAAAAAUAGCGUAAUAUAGUACUUUUAAAGUCGAUCCUGUAAAACCAGUCGUUUAUAUAGAUAUGUUCAUAGUAUUUAAGAAAAGGAUGCUGUUUUAUUUUUCACCUUCUCUUUGGGUGUGAAUUAGUUUUGUCUCUCGCCAGCUUCAUAAUAUUGCAUGCUUUACUUUGUUUCUCCUUUUCAGAUUGAUUUAGUCAAUGAACUCUCGUCUUUGCUCUUUUUCCAUCUUGAAUGGAAGGUGCGGGGAGCACGUAUAUUUUAAUGUUGACACGUGUACCUAGGGGCUAUUGAACUUUUUUUUUUUAAUCUAGUGUAAAAAUAGUUUUUUUUCUGGCGUUAUCUUGUCUCCGCUGUCCCCGCAUCACUUGUCUCUUCACCGUUUUAGAAUGUGGACUAACACACGAGCGUCUUUCACAAGCAGAUCUGACUUUUUCUCACACUUCCACAAAUGCACGAUUGAGCAUACGAAGUAAUAAGCGUUUUACGAGUUAAAUUUGAAUAAAAUCUGGUACACUGAGUUCUUUAAAUUCAGGUGAACAUAUUUUGAAUUCUCCAUACUAAAACCACAUGCUAUACAUCGUGAUCCGGGGCAAGGUUUUGCUUAAUUUAAUACACAAGGGUUAUUGCAACAAUACACUAUUCUCAAUGGAUAAUAAGGGCACAAAGGAACCAGUCCAUUCCAGAGAUGGUGGUC